AUGGAGGAUCCUCCUCCUCGAAUCAUAGCGCCAUGCGGCGAUUCGAACUCACCGGAAUUUGAAUUUUGGAUGGUCAGAAACCCGUCUCUUCCGCCGCUGAAUCUUCUAUCCGCCGACGAACUCUUCUCCGGCGGCGUACUCCUCCCCCUCCACCAUCUCAACCUCUCCAAUCAGGCAUCCGAAUCGGCUCAACUGUCGACCAAUUCAAAGCGGUGGAGGGAUAUUUUCCGAAAAAAAGACAAGAGAAUCGGUGAAGAACACAGCAUUUAUAAGAAGAAGGAUAAGAGCAGCUUUAAAGAGAAGAGAAGAGAUAAGAAGAAUGGUAGCGUAAGUGCAGAGCUGAACAUAAACAUAUGGCCAUUCGCGGGGAGUAAAUCUCGACCGGUGAAUCGGAAGGUGAGCAGCGCCCCCUGCUCUAGGAGCAACUCGAAAGCGAGGAAGUGGGCGAGCAGCCCCGGUAGGGGUGGGGUCCACUUGGGAAGAAGCAGGCAGGUCCGCCGGAGAGUGCCGGUUGCCGGUACCUCUAAAGCAAGGGUUCUGAGUUUCAAAGUGCCAGUGGCAGUGUGUAUGGGCUACCGCCAGCAUUUUAGCUGUAGAAGCGAUGAGAACAGCGCGAGAGGUGGUGAAGGCGUACGUGGAGCUAAUUUGUUUAAUAUUAGAAGCCUCUUUACCAAGAAACUCUAUUGA